UGGCCAUGGCGGCGCUCGGCGUCGUCUUCCUGGUGCUGCUGGAAGCGGCGUCCUGGCCGCCGGCCUCGGGGUCGGGCGAGGAGUUCUGGCCCGGCCAGUCGGCGGCCGACAUCCUGUCGGGGGCGGCGUCCCGCAGACGGUACCUCCUGUACGACGUCAACCCCCCAGAGGGCUUCAACCUGCGCAGGGACGUGUACAUCCGCGUGGCCUCCCUCCUGAAGACGCUGCUGGAGACCGAGGAGUGGGUGCUGGUGCUGCCCCCGUGGGGCCGCCUCUACCACUGGCAGAGCCCGGACAUCCACCAGGUGCGCAUUCCCUGGUCCGACUUCUUCGACCUUCCGAGUCUCAACAGAAACAUCCCGGUCAUCGAGUACGAGCAGUUCAUUGCAGAGUCCGGCGGGCCCUUCAUCGACCAGGUGUACGUCCUGCAGAGCUACGCGGAGGGGUGGAAGGAGGGGACCUGGGAAGAGAAGGUGGACGAGCGGCCGUGCCUCGACCCGCUGCUGUACUCACCGGACAAGCACGAGUACUACAGGGGAUGGUUUUGGGGCUAUGAAGAAACGAGAGCGCUAAACGUCUCGUGUCUGUCCGUCCAGGGAUCGGCUUCCAUCAUGGCCCCCGUGCUGCUGAAGAACACGUCGGCCAGGUCAGUGAUGCUGGACAGAGCCGAGAACCUCCUGCACGACCACUACGGGGGGAAGGAGUACUGGAACACCCGGCGGAGCAUGGUGUUCGCCAAGCACCUGCGGGCCGUGGGGGACGAGUUCCGAAGCAAGUACCUGAACUCCACGGACGAGGCCGACAGGAUCCCCUUCCAGGAGGACUGGACCAAGAUGAAGGUCACGCUGGGCUCCGCGCUGGGGGGCCCGUACCUCGCGGUUCACCUGAGGAGAAAAGAUUUCAUCUGGGGUCACAGAGAGGAUGUGCCCAGCCUGGAUGGGGCCGUGAAGAAGAUUCGCAGCCUCAUGAAGACCCACCAGCUGGACAGGGUGUUCGUGGCCACGGACGCCAUCAGGACAGAGCACGAGGAGCUGAGGCGGCUGUUGCCCGAGAUGGUGCGGUUUGAGCCCACGUGGGAGGAGCUAGAGCUGUACCGGGACGGCGGCGUGGCCAUCAUCGACCAGUGGAUCUGCGCGCACGCCAGGUUCUUCAUCGGAACCUCGGUCUCUACGUUCUCUUUUCGGAUCCACGAGGAGAGAGAGAUCCUCGGGCUCGACCCGCGGACGACGUACAACCGGUUCUGCGGGGACCGGGAGGAGGCGUGCGAGCAGCCCACGCACUGGAGAGUGGCCUACUGAGCCGCCAGCUCCUCGUGGGCCCCGCGCCCGGGACAUCCGCACACGUGGCCUCGUCUUCCUCUGAGCGCCCGUGUGGCCUCGGGGUGGAGUUGGCCCCGGCCGGCAGGCAAGGCUGCCCCACCAUCACUUCAGGGUCACGGUCACCGCUCACAGCCACGUGAGCUAUGGCGCACGUCCUUUGUCGGUGUUUCCCCCACCGUGGGCUGCCUGGGGCUCCGCUGCUGGCCAGGCCGGUGUGACGUGAGGAGGUGCGGGGGCUCGGUCUCCUGGAGGGCGUCCGGAUCCCCACGGGCCUGCUGCGUUUCAGCCUGCCGGUCCCUCUCGUCCUGCACUUUGACCCGCGGGAGGCGCCCUGUGAGUUGGGGGGAAGGCGAACCCCCACCUUGCAGAACGGCCUGAGGCCUGUGUUGGCCCGUGAGGGGCUCUCUGCUCUCGGCUCGGGCACUGGAAGGUUCCUCAGCAGGGUUUUGGGGCUUUGUCGGGUCCACACAGAGAGGAACCCCUUGGCUGGCUGAUGGGCUGCGGGCGGCCGCCUGUGAGUGUGGCAGCAUCGGGGGUCGGACACCCCGGGCCCUGCCUUGCAGUGGGCUCAGUGGACUGAGGGACGAGGGGCGAGGAGGACGGUCACUCCGGCCUCCGGAGGGCUCGUGCUGCUGCCCGGAAACCCCUUCUGGGCCUCAGGCGUGGCCACCACCCACCCCCUCUGACCAGGAGCCCCAACUUCGCACAGACUCCCCGGGUGACCCGGGGACGGCUUCUGUGUUUUCUUCCCGAGCUUUGAAAACCCGCCCCGAACCGCGCUCGGCUCCCGUGGUGUCACCGCGGUGGGCGGGGAGAUGAUGAAGUAUUUAUUCUUUGCCUAUUUGUACCUUCAAAUACUAUUAAUAAAAUACGUUUUCUAGAAAA